AAUCAUAUGAUUAUCAUAUUCCUAAUAAUGAUGAAGCUUAGCAGUAAAAGGUUAUCCAAUAUAUUUAAAAGAAGCUCAAAAAAUGGUACUCAAAAUGAUUAUAAGAUUGGAGCAAUGCAUGAUGAUGAUGAUGAUGAAGCACAUAACAAUCCAAAUCUUCAUUCAGAAGAACAAGAUGAAUUGGAACUUCCUGACA